AUGGAUAAUGAUUCUAAUAAGAAUGAAUUAAAGGGAAUUAAUGUUCAAAUACCUGUUUUACCUUGUAUGGAUGGUCAUAAUGAUCCAAAAGCUAAUAAAAAAAAUAAAAAAUGUCCUCAAGGUCAUGAUUCAACAAGUUGUGGAUUUGUAAAAGAUGGAAGAAUUGAUUCUUUACCAUGUAAUAAAAGACCAAAAGAUCCUAUAGAUAUUGAUUCUUUUAAUGUCAAAUAUGAAUCAAAAGAUCAUCAUCAUAAUCAUAAUCAUAGUCAUAAUGAAACUGAUUCGAAUUAUUUAGAUCAAAAUUUUGAUGUAUCAUCAAUCAUUUCAAAUUAUUAUUCAAAUUUCCAUUGUUCACAUCCUUUUUUACCCCCAUUAAUAGAUAUUGAAGAUUAUUUAAAAUUUGCAAAUUAUCCAAAAGAAUUAUUAGCAGCAAUGAAAUUAAUGGGUGAUGGUUAUUCAACUUCAACAUAUUCUAAAAAUAUAAAUAAUAUAUUUGAUAUAGUUGUGGAAAUUAAUAGUUAUAUUGAAAGUUUUGAAAAAGAUUUAAUUUCAUUACAAACUAUGACUUUAUUAGCUUUAAUUUGUCAUAUUUCGGCAUUACAUGAAUUAAGUAGAUCACUAAGAAUAAAAUGUAUCAAUUUGGCAACUCAUUUAGAUAUAAAUAAUUUAGAUUUAAAUGAUUUUAAAAAUGAUUUUGAUAUAAAUGGGAAUGAAAUUCCAAAAAAUAAUGAAGAUUCAAGUGAUAAUGAAAUUAAUAUAAAUUUCCAAAAUACUAAAAGAAUAAGAUCAAUAGAUGAAGAAAUGUUGAAAGAUUGUGCAAGAAGAUGUUUUUGGGAUAUUUUCUUCUUGGAUAUUAUUAUGGGUUGUUCAGAUGGUAAAACUGUUUCUGUAUUAACUUCAUUAAAUUGUUUUGUUAAUUAUCCAAAUCAUCCUGAUAAAUUUGAAUUUGAUUAUGAAACAAGAGCUUCUACUUCUAAAUUAGUUGAUGAUUCUGUUAGACUAAAUAAUAUCAUUUUUUCAAAUUCUUCAAUAGGGAAUCAUUAUAUUAAAUUGACUGCAUCUUUAUCAAAUUGGGAAUUAAGAUUUUCCAAACCAGAUUUUUAUAAAUUACCUUAUUUAGUUGAUGGAAUGGGUAGAGUAAAUAAUGGUAUUCACCAGGGUAUAAUAAUGUUAAAUUAUGCCAAAAUUUUCACUCAUCGUCCAUUAUCAUUUCUUUGGAGACCUGAUAUACCAAAAAAUUUAAAAUCCGUGGAAUUAUUUAAUAAUCAUUUAAAUAAUGAAGAAAGAAAUGUACCAAAUGAUAAAAAUUUAAUUAAAUCAAGAAAAAUUAUUGAAACAAGGAAAACUAUUGAUGCAGCAAAUUCAAUUGCUAAAACUUUAAUUGAUACAAAUCCUUUAGAUAUUACUAAAAGAACUCCAUUAAGUACAUGUUCUUUAGCAUUUGCAGGAUUAGUUCAUUUAUCUUCAUAUGUUUGGUAUUCACAAAUUACUCAAUCAAAAAAUGAUGAUCAAAAUUUAGGUUCUUUUAAUACAAAUGAUUUAAAAAUUUUUGAAGAAUAUUUAAAAUUAGAAUUAUCAGGAAUUUAUCAAAUUUCUCAACAUUGGUAUUUAAGUUCCAAGAUUGCAACUUAUUUAUUAGAUAGUAUAACAAAAUUAUUACCUGAUUUAUCUAAAAAAUUACAUUCUCAUUUCCAUAAUGAAAUUAUGUUUUCAAAUUCAAAACCAAAAGAAGAUGAAUUUGAAGCUUCAAGAAAAAUUGAAUCAACAAAUUUUAAUAAUUUAUCCUUAAAGAAAAAUUCAAAUAAAUCAUCGAAUCAAUCAACAAAUAAUAAUCAAUCAAAUGAAUCAUCAAAUACAAACACAAACAUGUCAUCAAAUUCAGACAUCUUAACACCAUCAAACACAACAAUAUCAUCAGAACCACAAUUAAAAGAAGAUUCAUUAUCAUUACCACCAACAGAUAUAAAUAAUAUUUUAAAUCAUGAUCCAAUCCCACAAUUUAAUACACCAAUAAUGGAAUGGCCAACAAAUUUACCAAAUUCAUCAACAAAUCAAGAUUCUUUAUUAAAUUUUGAACCAAUUUCUCCACAAUCUGAUACUGGUUGUGAAUGGGUUGAUAAAAAUCAAUUAGAUUUUGAUUUUUCAAAUUUUGAUUUUGGUGAAUUUGAUUUAAAUACUAUUAAUGCAAUUGAUGAUAUGAUUAGAAAUGCAACAAGUUGA